UGGAGGUGAGAGAAAGAGCAUUUGGCGCGUUAAAAGGCACAGAAUCCUUACCCAAAAAUGAAAGAGAGUUUUUCAUCAUUUUGUUUUCUUCAUUUUGCCGUGAUUUCUUUCUGUGAAAAAGUUGUUACAAACAAAGUAAGUAAUGGAGGCCAUUCAAUUUCAGAGAUAUACACUGGUGUCACUCUCAAAUACUGUGAAAAAGUUGUUAGAAAAGAUUGUUUCUACUCAGCUCGUCGACACGUUCCGGAUCAAGAACGUUAACGCUUCACUUUCGAAAACGGUGAAGGAAACACUGGUGGAUCUUCAAGAUGUUCUUAAUUAUGCUAACAACAAACUCAUCCCAAGUCAAGCUAACAACGAAUCACUGGAUAUGCUGAGACGUGAUGUUCUUCAAGUUUCCUAUUUGCUUCACGAAACUGAUUUUUUUGGGUAUGCUACCGUACUUACUGCUAAGCACCUCAAAAUUCAUUCUCGUUUAACUUUCUUCAUUCAACUCAUUAAGUCUAGAACGGUCAAUUUAAUUCAAAUAUUACAAGGCUUUAGAAAACAAAUUGGUGGUUAUGAAUCUGCUAUAUAUGUAAGAGGCCAUGAUAUUGAGAAACUUAUACAUCUUUUGUUGUCUAGUAUUGAUGGUGAUAGUAAAAUAAGAGUCAUUUCCAUUGUUGGUAUGGGAGGGAUUGGUAAAACAGCUCUGGCUAAACACCUUUACAAUCUUCCUCAAGUUAAUGACAAAUUUGAGUUCAAACUGUGGGCAGAUUUCUCAAAUGAUAUUGACGCUUUCACUGUUUUUCAAAACAUUCUUAGAUUUAUUAUUUCAAAAACAACCACAAGUAAUGAUACAACCAUUUACCCAAUUUUUUUGCUGGUAUUGGAUGGUGUGUGGGAUGCAAGAUCUGUCAAUUGGACAUUACUUAUGGAUAUCUUUAAUGCGGGGGAAACGGGAAGUAGGAUCAUUGUAACAUCAAGAGAUGAAAGAGUUCCACUAUCCAUACAAACCUUUCUUUCUGUCCACCAUCUGAGACCCUUGAAAGCUGAAGAUUGCUGGUCUUUACUUGCUGAACAUGCAUUUGGAGCGCAUAACUACCACCAGCGAUCCAAUCUAGAAGAAAUUGGCAGGAAAAUUGCAAGAAAGUGUGAUGGUUUACCAUUAGCUGCUGUAGCACAUGGGGCUCUUCUUCGCAUCUGGUCUGACCCGUAUGCUUGGAAUUAUGUGCUAGAAAGUAAGACUCAACAUAUAGCUUAUGAGGUGCUAGCUUCUCUCAAAUUGAGCUACAGUUUUCUUUCUGAUCCUUUAAAACAGUGUUUUCAAUAUUGUUCAAUUUUUCCAAAGAAGUCCAUCUUAGAAAAAAAGAUGGUAGUUCAGUUGUGGAUUGCAGCAGGCUUACUUGAAUCAUUGUCCACAGAUCAGGAAAAAAUUGGAGAAGAAUACUUUGAUGAACUAGUGUCAAGGUCGUUGAUACAUCGGCGAUCUAUUAGUGACAACGAAGAAAACUUUGGAAUGCACAACUUCAUCCAUGAUUUAGCUACAGAGGUUUCAUCUCCAGAAGUUUCAUCUCCAUAUUGCAUCAAUAUGGACAAACAUAACCUAGAUUUUAGGAUGCAUAAUUUCUCAUACAACAGAGGAACAUAUGACUCAUAUGACAAAUUUGAUAAAUUAUACGGAUUAGAAGGUUUGCGUACCUUCCUAGCAUUCCCGUUACAAGAACAACUGCCUCUUUGUUUGCUAUCCAACAAGAUAGUACAUGACUUGCUGCCAAAAAUGAAACAAUUACGCAUGUUGUCUCUAUCAAGCUACAAGAGUAUCACCAAGCUUCCCAACUCUAUUGGAAAUUUGUUAGACUUGCGGUACUUAAAUCUUUCUCACACUAGUAUUGACAGGCUGCCUUCUGAAACAUGCAAGCUUUACCAUCUGCAGUUCUUGUUGUUGGCAGGCUGUAAAAUGCUCACUGAAUUGCCGAAGGACAUGGAAAAAUUGAUUAAUUUGCGCCACCUUGACAUUAGUAACACUGCAUUGAGGGAGAUACCUGUACAAAUAGCCAAACUAGAAAAUCUCAACACUUUGUCUGACUUUGUUGUCAGCAAACAUAAUGGUGGAUUAAAUAUCGCAGAUCUAGGAAAUCUUCCCCACCUACGUGGAAAACUUUCAAUAUCACAGCUACAAAAUGUUGAUGACCCCUUUGAAGUAGUUCGAGCCAAUAUAAAGAUGAAAGAAAAAAUAGACGAGUUAUCUUUGGAAUGGGAUUGUGGUAGUGCUUUUCAAGAUUCACAAAUUAAAAGUGUUGUACUUGAAAAGUUGCAACCCUCAACGAAUUUGAAAAGUCUCACCAUCAAAGGCUAUGGUGGAAUCAGCUUUCCAAAUUGGUUAGGUGAUUUUUUAUUUAGCAACAUGGUGUAUUUAAGGAUCUUGAAUUGCAAUGAUUGUUUAUGGCUUCCGCCCCUUGGACAAUUGGGUAAUUUGAAAGAACUCAUUAUUGAAGGGAUGCAAUCAGUGGAGAUAAUUGGUAUUGAGUUCUAUGGAAGUGGUGGUUCUUCAUUUCAACCAUUUCCCUCUUUGGAGAGUUUACACUUUGAGAAUAUGCAAGAGUGGAAGGAAUGGGACUUGAUUGGAGGUACGACUACAACGUUUCCUAAUCUAAAAACUUUAUCGCUAAGAAAGUGCCCGAAACUGAUAGCCAGAAACAUAACUGAAAAACUUCCUUUCUUAACUGAACUUGAGUUACGAGAAUGUCCUUUACUGGUGCAAUCAAUUCCAUUAUCUGAUCAUGUAUUUGGGCAACUGAUGUUCCCUCUGAAUUCUCUUCAACAGCUGACCAUAGACGGUUUUCCAUCUCUGAUGUCGUUCCCAAUAGACGGUCUACCAAAAACUUUGAAGCUUUUCAUAAUCAGUAAUUGUGAGAAUUUAGAAUUCCUUCCUCACAAUAACUUACACAAUUAUACAUCACUUGAGGAAUUAAAAAUAUCUUAUAGCUGUAAUUCAAUGAUAUCAUUUACAUUAGGCACUCUCCCUGUCCUCAAGAGUUUGUUUAUUGAAGGUUGUAUAAAUCUGAAAUCAAUAUUAAUUGCAGAAGACGAGUCGGCAAAGAGUCUCUCAUUUCUUAGAAGCAUCAAAAGAUGGAAUUGUAAUGAACUGGAGUCAUUUCCCUCAGGUGAAUUGGCAACUCCAAACCUUGUUUAUAUUGCAUUGUGGAAGUGUGAGAAACUUCAUUCACUGCCAGAAGCAAUGAACAGUCUAGCUGGCCUUCAAGAACUGGAAAUUGAUAAUCUACCAAAGCUUCAAUUUCUAGUCAUAGAUGAGUUACCUAGCAGUUUACAGAAACUGUCUGUUGGCCCUAUUGGUGGGAUUAUGUGGAAUACUGAGCCAACUUGGAAACAUCUCACUUGUCUCUUGGAGUUGCGAAUUAACGGUGAUGAUGUGGUGAACACGCUGAUGGGGCCACUGCUACCUACAUCGCUUGUGAAACUGUGCAUUUGUGGUCUUAAUGAUACAAGCAUUGAUGAGAAGUGGCUUCAACAUCUCACUUCUCUUCAGAAUCUUGAGAUUAUUAACGCUCCCAAACUCAAGUCACUGCCAAAGAAAGGAUUUCCUUCCUCGCUUUCAGUACUAAGUGUUGCUCGCUGUCCAUUACUAGAAGCAAGUUUGCGGACAAAGCGGGGGAAAGAGUGGCGUAAGAUUGCUCAUAUUCCCUCCAUAGUUAUUAAUGACGAAUUGAUCACAUGAGUCUUGUUCGGAAUUGUGUGUUAUGUCAAUCUUGCUGUUGUAAGAAGCCAAAUUCACCUCGAAACCUGCCACCAAGUCCAGUAGUUGCUUUUCUGUCCCGGAACAGAUGAAAAGAAGAAAACAGUACCAUUGACUCCAAAUAUGUUAGGUCUAGUAAGGGCUUCAAGUGUAAUUGAUGGCUUACCUAGAUAGCAGCAACAAUAUCUCUUUCUGUCAGGAGCGGAUGGGAGGGAGAAAUAGCAAUGUUUGCUAAAACAAAGAGGGUUACUAGGAGUCUAGGAUACAAGAUUUCACUGCAGCUACCACAUUCAGAACAUGCAGAAAUUAUCAAACUGUGGCCUAACUCGCUAUGAAGAUUGAAUUGUGUGUUACCGUUGCUGCCAUUUUUUCUUGGAAGUCAGUUAAGCUGAUACGGUUUGUAUUUGCUCAACUGGAGAGGUAGAUUCGUCCAACAGUUAUCUCAACAAAUCCAACUAUGUCAGAAUAACAGACAUAGUCCUCAUAUUUCUAAAGAAUGCAUAUGGUCCUCAUAUUUCUAAAGAAUGCAUCUGGUUGUGGUUUUCUAUUCUCGCAAAAGUGUGAAUUGGAGGUCUUUGGCACUAGAUGAGUCAUAUGAAGAAAACUAUUGUAUCUUGUUCAACUCAUGAGGCUGAAUAUCAUACUAUUGUUGUUGCAACUAGAAAACUGUAGUGAUUUUUUUCCUCCUCCAUGAUUUGGGUAAAAAUCAUGUUAGGCAGUCACUUUUGUACUGACAGUCAAAGUACUUUGCAUAUUAUUGUCAAUCUUGUCUUUCAUGAAAGAACAAAGCACAUGAACAUUGAUUCUAUAACUUAUUUAUGUUUGAAGGUAUUGAAGAAAAAUGUUUUAUUUUUUCCCUCGAAGAAAAUGUGAAAGAUGAUUACAAUAACAAUUAAAACUUUUAUAAAAAAAAUAUUAAAAUUAUGGAAUUAGAGGAUUAGCGAUCCAAAAUAUAAAAAGUGACACUUAAAACAUAGAUCUUCUUAAAAAGGACUAAAGUUGAGGUCAAUUUCAUUCAUUUAGAUAUUAUAAAUCAAAUUGAAGAUGAGUUUAAGAAAAUGAAAGAAGAAAGGAAUAUAAAAUUCAUAUUUAUUUAUUUUUGAUAAAUAGU